AAGAAUUUAUCACUGGUCUCAGAAGCAUCUUGUGUAAAUUGUUGCUGCUUUAACCAUAAUGGUCAGUUACUCCUUGUUGGUUCUUCUGAUGGAACAUGUUCUAUUGUAGAUCUGCGUACAUCAGAAAUUAUUGCUAAAUGGCAAUCACAUUCUGGGAGUGUUUUGUCAACUGAAUUCAGCCCUGAUGAAACAUCAUGUUAUACUAUGGGCACCGAUGGAAAAUUCUUUUCAUGGAGUAUUAACGUAACAGGUCAUAAACUUUGUGAGCUCAAAGUACACCCGGAAGCUACAAAAACCUUAACUAAUGAAUCUGAAGUCAUCAAUUCUUUUGGGAAACGUUUCUGUUUUAAUAAUGAUGGAACACAUGUUUUGACCUGUGGACCACUUGGUGGCAUUAUAUAUAAGAUUGAUAAUACUCUAGCUACUUCAGUUGUAGACAUUGGAGGACACAGUAAACCUGUGAAUACAGUUGAUUGGUCUACAGCAAUGGAAAGUAGUACUUGUAUUUGUGGUACUAUUGAUGGGAAUGUUAUUGUGAGCACUUUAUUAAAUCAUUGAUACUUUGAAAUGGCAAAGAAGAAACUCAUUCAACUACAUUCCAUACUUUUGUACAUUAUGUCAGAAUUGAAAUUAUUUAUGUUUUUUAUAUUGUAUGUUACAUAAGAGUUUCCAUUUAUUUUUAUUAAAAAAUUGAUUUACUUUGUAUCUAAAA